AUGAUUGCUUUGUGGCAGGUUGGCACCCAGUUCACUCGUGGGGUGUCUGGAGGAGAGAGAAAAAGGACCAACAUUGGGAUGGAGCUUAUCACAGACCCUGCCAUCUUGUUCCUGGAUGAGCCAACGACUGGACUGGAUGCCAGCACUGCCAAUGCUGUCCUGCUGCUUCUCAAAAGGAUGGCCCAGCAGGGCAGGACCAUCAUCUUCUCCAUCCACCAGCCUCGCUACUCCAUCUUCCGCCUCUUUGACAACCUGACACUGCUGGCUGCAGGGAGAGUCCUGUUCCAUGGCCCAGCUCAGCAGGCCCUCCAGUACUUCCAGGAUAUUGGGUACCAAUGUGAGGCACACAACAACCCUGCUGACUUCUUCCUGGAUGUCAUCAAUGGAGAUUCCACAGCAGUGGCCAUGGCCAUGAUGGAUGAAACCGAGCCAGCAGAGAGCACUGAAGCCCAGACUGCAGAGGACUCCAUCCUGGCUGAGAAGCUGGCAGAGCAAUACUGCAGCUCUUCCUACUACCAGGAGACCAAAUCAACUCUGGAGAAGAUUUCCUUGGGCAGCCAGAAGAAAUCCAAGGCAGUUUUCAGGCAGAUCACCUAUGCCAACUCCUUCCUUCACCAGCUCAGAUGGGUGUCCAAACGUACCUUGAAGAACCUGGUGGGCAACCCUCAGGCUUCCAUAGCUCAGCUGUGUGUCACUGCUGUCCUGGGGCUUGUCGUUGGUGCCAUCUUCUUUGGACUGAAGGAGGACUCCACUGGACUCCAGAACAGGGUGGGGGCCAUGUUCUUCCUGACCACCAACCAGUGCUUCAGCAGUGUCUCAGCCAUUGAGCUCUUCGUGGUGGAAAAAAAGAUCUUCAUCCAUGAAUACAUCAGUGGCUACUACAGGAUCUCUGUCUACUUCAUCUCGAAGUUGCUGGCGGAUUUGAUCCCCAUUAGAACCUUGCCAAGCAUCAUCUUCACCUGUAUCACUUACUUCAUGCUAGGUCUGAAGCCUACAGCAGGAGCCUUCUUCACCAUGAUGUUCUCCCUGAUGAUGGUGUCCUACACAGCCACUGCCAUGGCCCUGGCCAUUGCAGCAGGGCAGAGUGUGGUGGCUGUAGCCAACCUGCUGAUGACUGUGGCUUUUGUUUUCAUGAUUAUUUUCUCUGGGCUGUUGGUCAACCUCCCAAGUGUCCUGCCCUGGCUCUCCUGGCUGAAGUACUUCAGCAUCCCUCGCUAUGGCAUGCAAGCUCUGCAAAUCAAUGAACUGAGUGGGCUGGACUUCUGUGGCCCCAGCAACAUCACAGAUGUGGUUGGCAAUGUCAGCUGCUCACAGACAAACCAGACGUGGUGCAUUGGGGACGAGUACCUGAGGAGGCAAGGCAUCGAGGUGAGCACCUGGGGGCUGUGGCAGAACCACCUGGCCCUGGCCUGCAUGACCCUCAUCUUCCUCACCGUUGCCUACCUCAAACUGCACUUCAUGAAGAAGUUCUCCUAAAGCCAGAGAGCAAA